AUGACUACUCUUGCUCGGGAAACUUCAGUUUAGGAUGACAUCAACGAGGAUGACAUCAACGCGUAGUUUCGGUUCAUAGCUGGUAAAUUACAUCUUAUCGGUAUAAAAAGGCAAUAUAAACCGACUAUAAACCAACCAAAUCAACAAUAGUUACACUAACAGGUAAAUUUCAAGCCAAAGAAGGCGUUAUACUGCUAAGGUUAAUGACCACUAGCGUACCGGGUAGGUUGACCAUCGGUAAGCUAAGCAGGGCGGCCACUGAAAGAGCUACCACAAGACCGAACAAACUCCGUUUACACUCCCGACAAAAGUACAGAUAUACGAGCUUGAAAGCCACAGAGACUUUAUUGGUAGCCGUUGGCGGAUUGCCGUGCCGGCCGACGUCUUCCCUGCAGCUUGUUCACGUAACGGAAACUUGCCUAACCCACGCCGCCCGAUGUAAGCCAUGUACAAAUAGUGCAGAUGUGACCCAACGAAACGGCAAGCGUUGGUAACCACAUCGGUUAAACGAACAAGUCAUGAGACGGUACAUGAUAUGUCGAUUGCUGGCUAGUGCGGGCAGCAUCACGAUUGGACAGAGCCCGUUACAACCUGCCGCAUGCGUGGGGUAACGGCUUGGUUCCGUUGAACAUCGUCGACAACCUACCUGAACCCAUGAGCCGAUUGCAACCUACACAGAGCGACGAACCGAGUCGAGGCUCUCGCGAGGUGUGGUGGCGCGCGUUUGCCAUUAGUCAAAACAAGGAAGAACGAGCAAACAAAGGAGGGAAAGUAUACAAUACUGAAGGGCUAAGGGUGGGGGUAAGCGGAAGAAUAGAAAUAGAAGCCCGUCAGACUAUCGCGCUGAUUGACUGAACCUUUUGGUCGUUGUUCCCAUCCCGCCUAUUCCGACUAGCCGCUCUCCUCCCCCCUCAAAACCAAUUGCCUACCCCCUUUUCUCGUCUUAGUUGUAGUAGCCCCCUCCAGUUCUCCCAUCAUCGUCACUUCUGGAUACUUGCUUCAACAGCGAGGAUCUUGAAAAAGAGCCAAUAUCAAGCUACCUUGAAGGUUGUCAGAGUGGACGAUUGCGUGCUUGUUGCUGUCUGCAGUCCUGGUUGAUUAGCUGCCCCAGGCGCCCACUGUUCAUCCACUGUGGCUCCGACUGCCGGCCUAAAACAGUGGUUAGAGUCACCACGCGCGAUUCAGACCGUGGGCAAGAAAGAAUCAGAUUGCAAGGAAACAGCUGCAUUGUUCGAUUAAGCAAGGCGGGACGAGUGUGUCCAGACAAGGUCUCGACCAAAGACGAAGAGGAAUUGGUCCCGAGGGAGAGUCCACCGAUUCCAGCCCUUAUCUUCGCGUUUAUCAGCGUUCACACGGAGCUUUUCCUUUUUCUUUCUGAUUUUCAAUCAUUUUUUUGUUCUACCGCGUCAGACGUCUCCAACCACAGCUGCCAACCAAAGCACCAAAGCUGUCAGCUGUCACAGCUGCCAAACAUGUCGCGUCAGUUGUCAAUUCGAUUGCAGCAUACGCUCGCGCCUUCAACGGCUGCAGCCGCCGCCUCUUCAUCGUCUAUUUUAUAUUCUUCCUCGUUUGCAUCAUCGCCUCUGCCAGCCUCGCUGCAGCAGUCGCCGCAUUCUGCAUCAGUGACCAGCCGGGUGCCUUCGGCUACCACCCCCGAUAGCACCAGCGCGACUCAACUUAGUGCCGCAUUUCACCCCACCAUUGCACCCACCGCCACUAAUCCCCAAAGCGUUUUUACAAGACGACGCUUUCUAGCUGCUUCAAGACUUUCUCCCCUCCCGACCACCUCGUCAAGUCUGGUUUCUUCCCGUAACAACAGACUUUUCUCUACUACUACCGCAGCCAUGGUCGCUAGACAGCUUGACGGCACUGCCAUUGCCAAGGCCAUCCGCGAGAGAAUCGGCGCUGAGAUCGCUGAGCGACAAAAGGCCAACCCCCGCUACCAGCCAUGCCUCAAGAUUAUUCAGAUUGGUGACCGCUCUGAUUCCAGCACAUAUGUUCGCAUGAAGCUCAAGGCUGCCGCUGAGGCUGGCCUUAGCUGCGAGCUUCUUCACUACCCCGAGUCGAUUAGCGAACCCGAGCUGCUCGAGCACAUCCGACGCCUCAACAACGACCCUUCUGUCAACGGUAUCUUGGUUCAGCUUCCUCUCCCUUCUCACCUCUCAGAGUACAACGUCACCUCUGCCGUUGCUGACGAGAAGGAUGUCGAUGGUUUUGGCACAAACAACAUUGGUGAGCUCGCUAAGCGUGGAGGCAAGCCCAUCUUCACUCCUUGCACUCCCAAGGGUGUUAUGCACCUCUUGAACGAGGCUGGCAUCCCCAUUGCUGGCAAGUCAGCCGUUGUGUUGGGCCGCAGCAACAUUGUUGGCAGCCCCGUCAGCUACCUUCUCCGCAACGCUGAUGCUACCGUCACUGUCUGCCACUCCAAGACUGCCAACCUCGAAUCCUUCUUGAAGCAGGCUGAUAUUGUUAUUGCCGCCAUUGGUGUCCCCAGAUUUGUCAAGGGUGAAUGGCUCAAGGAGGGCGCUAUUGUGAUUGACGUUGGAACCAACUACAUUCCCGACGCCUCCAAGAAGUCUGGCCAACGCCUUGUUGGUGAUGUCGACUUUGAAUCCGCCUCUCAGGUUGCCUCUGUUAUCACUCCCGUUCCCGGUGGUGUUGGCCCUAUGACUGUUGCCAUGCUUCUUGAGAACGUUGUUGAGGCUACGAACCUGUUCUUCGAGAACGAAAAGAUCCGCAAGACAGUGCCUCUGCCUCUUAAGCUUGAGUCGCCCGUUCCCUCUGACAUUGCCAUCUCUCGCCGUCAGACUCCCAAGCAGAUUACCCGCAUUGCUCAGGAAGUUGGUAUUUCUUCCUACGAGCUUGAGCCUUAUGGUGCUUACAAGGCCAAGGUCGACCUUAGCUUGUUGAAGCGCCUUGAGCAUCGCCGCAACGGCAAGUACGUCGUUGUUACUGGUAUUACCCCUACUCCCCUUGGUGAGGGCAAGUCUACCACUACUAUGGGUCUGGCCCAGGCUCUUGGUGCCCAUGUUGACCGUAUUACCUUUGCCAACGUCCGUCAGCCUUCCCAGGGUCCCACCUUUGGUAUCAAGGGUGGCGCUGCCGGUGGCGGUUACAGCCAGGUCAUUCCCAUGGAUGAGUUCAACCUGCACUUGACUGGUGAUAUCCACGCCAUCACUGCUGCUAACAACUUGUUGGCUGCUGCCAUUGACACUCGUAUCUUCCACGAGAACACACAGAAGGAUGGUGCUCUGUACAAACGCCUCGUCCCUGUCAAGAACGGCGUCCGCAAGUUUGCCCCCGUCAUGUUCCGUCGUCUUAAGAAGCUCGGCAUUGACAAGACCAACCCUGAUGACUUGACUCCUGAGGAGAUCACCCGCUUCGCUCGUCUCGACAUCGACCCCGAGACCAUCACAUGGCGCCGUGUGCUUGACGUCAACGAUCGCCACCUCCGUGGCACUACCAUUGGCACGGCUCCUACUGAGCGUGGCCAGACCCGCGAGACUGGCUUUGACAUUUCCGUUGCCAGUGAAUGUAUGGCCAUUCUGGCCCUCAGCAAUAGCUUGGAUGACAUGCGUGAGCGUCUCGGCCGCAUGGUUGUUGCCACCUCCCGUGCUGGCGACCCCGUCACUUGCGACGAUAUCGGUGCUGGCGGCGCUCUUACUGCUCUCAUGAAGGAUGCCAUUAAGCCUAACCUGAUGCAAACUCUUGAGGGUACCCCCGUCUUCGUCCACGCUGGUCCCUUUGCCAACAUCUCCAUUGGCCAGAGCUCCAUCAUUGCUGACAAGCUUGCUCUUAAGCUUGCUGGUACUGAGCCUGAUGAGAACCACACCGAGAAGACCGGUUUCGUUGUUACCGAGGCUGGCUUUGACUUCACCAUGGGUGGUGAGCGUUUCUUCAACAUCAAGUGCCGCACUUCUGGCCUCGUCCCCGACGUUGUUGUCGUUGUUGCCACUGUCCGCGCUCUGAAGGUUCACGGUGGUGGUCCUCCCAUCGCCCCCGGUGCUCCUCUCAACCCCGUUUACAAAGAGGAGAAUGUCGACAUUCUUCGUGCUGGUUGCGUCAACCUGAAGAAGCACAUUGAAAACGCCAAGUCCUUUGGCGUUCCCGUCAUUGUUGCUAUUAACAAGUUUGCGACCGAUACCGAUGCUGAGAUUGAGACUCUGCGCGAGGAAGCCAUUGCUGCUGGCGCUGAGGAUGCUAUCCUGUCCGACCACUGGGCUCAGGGUGGUGCUGGUGCUGUCGACCUUGCCAAGGGCGUCAUUGCUGCCAGUGAAAAGCCCAAGGAGCUUACCCUCACUUACAGCCUGGAGGGUACCAUCCAGGAGCGCAUGGAGGCUAUUUGCAAGAAGAUGUACGGCGCUGGCGCUGUCGAGUUCAGCGAGCUGGCCCAGAAGAAGGUUGAGACGUACACUCGCCAGGGCUACGGAAACCUGCCUAUCUGCGUUGCUAAGACUCAGUACUCUUUGUCCCACGACCCCGAUCUGAAGGGUGCUCCCUCUGGCUUCACGGUUCCCAUCCGUGAUGUUCGCAUGGCUGCCGGUGCCGGAUACUUGUACGCUCUUGCGGCCGAUAUCCAGACCAUCCCCGGUCUACCCACUGCUCCCGGCUACCUCAACGUCGACGUUGACACCGAGACUGGCGAGAUUGACGGCCUCUUCUAAACAUUGGCUGCAGGGCUUCAACAUGACGACAACUAGGUUCGCGUAGACAACCUGGCAUAAUUUAACAUUUUUAUACUCAACGACAUUUAGUAAAUUCAAAGAAAGCAAUAACGGGAAGGAUAUCAUGCAUCUGAUUUCAACACUAGGCGCAAUACUGGGAGACCCAAUGAUGGGUAGUAGAAAAUAUAGUAUGCUUUUGCACCAAUGGGAAUAUAUCUCUUUUUUCCUCUUUUUACCAUUUGUAACAAAGG